CCUCGUUGCUUUCAUUAAAUUUUCCUCUGCACGCUCUCUCCCCGAUAUUUCCGUUAUUUUCUUUCAGAAGAAGUGGUAGAUCGAGGUUCCUCUUAAGGCGCAAAAGUUCAAUGUACAAUCGCUGAGUGGUUAAAUUAGGCCUCUCGGAUUUGAGAUUGAAAAAAUGCAAUUCUUUGGGGGGUCGGAGAUCAGUCCAUCGCCGCCGGCGCCGACGGCUUUGGGGAACAAUGCGCACAUGAUGUAUGUGUUCAAUAGGAGUGGGGUGUGCUUGCUUUACAGGGAGUGGAAUCGACCACUCCACACCCUCAAUGCACAGCAAGACCACAAGCUCAUGUUUGGUUUGCUCUUCUCUCUCAAGUCCUUAACUGCCAAGAUGGAUCCCACUAGCGCAGAGAAAGGAAACCUCGGGGUGCCUCAGUUGCCCGGCCAAGGUUGCUCAUUUCACAGCUUUCGUACUAAUACAUACAAGCUUAGUUUCAUGGAAAGUCCUUCUGGGAUAAAGAUUAUCUUGGUUACUCAUCCUAGGACUGGUGAUCUGCGGGAUUCCCUUAAUCACAUUUACAACUUGUAUGUUGAAUAUGUUGUCAGGAACCCACUAUAUUCUGCGGGAACUCCAAUCAGGAGCGAGCUAUUCAAUACAACUCUUGACCAAUAUGUAAGGAGCAUUGCCUAGGAGCUGAAGGUAGCGUUUGGGGCAUCAUUAUCUAGUCUUCCAUUAUUAAUGAUCUUGUAUAAAUGCGUCCCUGCUUCAUUUGAACGGGGAAUUCUCUAUAUUCCUUGUGGCGGCCUGCAUUUUCAGCCUGGCCCCAAGGACUCUGGUACAUUUGGUUCAAAUGCAGGUCAAUGGAAGUACCUAAUUUGUGGAUAUUUUGUGCCGACUUAAUUUCCAAAUUGUCACUUUAAGCUUAUGAUGUACCUAAAUUUUGUCCAUUUGAGAACAAUGUGGAGUAUUAAAGGAAAAAAGAAAAGAAAAGGGUGAGGUUUGAGGUUUGGACCA